CUCGAAUCAGUAUUCCUUGAACAGUCGCAAACAGAAGAACACUUAAUAAAUAUGUGGAAGAAAUUGAUUUUUGCUGUGGUGCUUGUAGCCUUUGUGGGCGUGCGAUUCGCCAGCUCGCUGACCUGCUACAGCUGCAAUGAUGCCACUUCUUGCAAGAACCCCACGGUCCAGACUUGCUCCAACGCCACGGCCAAUGCCACCAGCGACUGGCUUUCGACGUACCACAACGAUGUGCCCGAAGUAGGUGGCAGCCAGAGCUUCUUGUGUGCCAAUCUCACCUACUACACAGGUCCGCAAAUCCCUCCCACAACACCUCUUGGCCCUAACAACACGCUUACGAGUGAGUUCCUUGGCUGUGCCCAUCCGGAUAUCAGGAUCUGUGCUCGUAAUCUGACCGAUCCUGAUGCCAGGGCCAACUGGAACGCGCACUGUGGCGUCUGCUAUACUGACAACUGCAAUUACGAUGGACCCGCGGGAACCUUCAGUGGUAGUGCGUACACCAUAAUUGGCUCUAUCUUUGCGCUGCUAUUGACCAAGGUUCUCAGUUAAUUUUUAAUAAAGCGCUUCAACGUUGUACGGAAUCUUAA